AUGGCGAACGCCCAGCCGGCCUCGGAAAAAAAGGCCCAGGUGAUCAAGUACUCAUCGCUGGUGGUGCUCGUCAUCCAGAACUGCUCUCUGGUCCUUUUUAUGAAAUUUGCCCUCGCCGGGGAUAGACCGAAAUUUUUGAAGACGAUAUCCGUCUUCUGGGGCGAGGUGUUCAAGUUCACCGCGUCGAUAUGCCUCGUCUGCCUGGAGAUGCGCAGCUUGCCAAAGGGCCUCAACGAGAUCUGGCUGGAAUUCACCGUCAAAUGGCGCGACUUUUUGAAGGUGCUGGUCCCCGCCUGCGUGUACACCAUCCAGAAUUUCUUGCUAUACGUUGCCGUCGAGAAUCUCCCGGCUGCUACGUACAUGGUGACCUACCAAUUGAAAAUCCUAACGACGGCCAUCUUCACGGUCCUUGUGCUGAAGCGCAAGUUGUCGUGGGCACAGUGGGCCGCGUUGCUCGCACUUUUCGCCGGUAUCGCUGUCGUGCAAUAUGAUCAAAAAAUGUCGGAAGACGCCGAGAAAGCUGCCCGAAAAGCCCUGCAAUCGCUCAAUGAGACGUUACCGGCUGUGAAUCCCACGCUGGCCGAGGUGCCGCAAAAUCUGCAGGAAGCUGUCAGCGGAAGACUGGAGCUCCUCAGCACCACAAUGGGCCCUUUGGCACGGCUCAAACGGCAAGCCGCUACCCCUUCACCGGCGCCUCGUGGUGGAAGCGAGCAGAAUUCGCUGAUCGGUUUCGCCGCCGUCCUCGUCGCCUGCGUGCUCUCCGGCUUUGCGGGCAUCUACUUUGAAAAGAUUCUGAAGGGCUCGCAAGUCUCCAUCUGGAUCCGCAACAUUCAACUGGCAUUCCCGUCCAUCUUCUUCGCCAUGUUGUUCGCUGCGGUGAAAGACCGUGGCGUCGUUUUUGCCGACGGCUUUGCCCCCAGCGACAUUGCCAGCAGGGCAAUGUACGGGUUCGACUGGGCGGUCUGGGUGACGGUGGGCAUCAGCGCGUUCGGCGGACUGGUUGUGGCCGUGGUCAUCAAGUUUGCCGAUAAUAUUUUGAAGGCAUUUGCCACCUCGUUCGCCAUCGUGCUCAACUGCGUGCUUGCCUACUGGCUGUUCAACUUCCACCCGACGUUUCUGUUCCUCCUCGGCGCAACCAUGGUCAUUGCCGCCGUCUUCGUCUACAGCCUGUUCCCCUUCAAAGCGUCCCAUCAGCCCGUGCCCACCACCGAGGAAAAAGCCGAGGAGCUGCGCGACGUUAAAGCGCAAAAA